GCCAUGGGCGAGGAGAUGGCCGAGAACCGCCCGGGGGUGGCGGCGACGCUGCGGGCGCUGAACGGGGCCCUGGGGCGGCCCGCCGCGCUCUGGGUGAAGGAGAGCGGCGCCCGCAACCUGCGCCACCGGGAUUUCCUGGCGCCGCGGGCCGCGCUGAGCGCCGCCUUUCCCGGCGGGCAGGUGCCCCCCGAGGCCGUGUCGGCGGUGCCGUCGCUGCGGGGCCCGGCGGUGCUGCCGCUGCGGGUGUGCCGGCAGACGCCGGCGGGGCUGGCGGUGCAGGUGCGGCGCCCCGAGGCCUUCCGGCGCCUGCUGGGGCCGCUGCCCGGCCCGGCGCCUCCCGCGGCGGGGGCGCGGGCGGGCUGCGUGGUGCUGCACUGCCCGGCCCUGCGCGGCCCCGCCGCCCCGCGGCCCCGCCACCUGCGCUCCGUCCUGCUGGCCGACCACCUGGCCCAGCUGCUGCGCGCCCAGGGGGUCCACGUCCGCCUGGUCCCUGCGCUCAGCGAGGAGAGGAGCUGGAACGUCCUGCGGCAGCUCCGCGUCUCCUGGCCCUCCGGCUCCGCUGGCUCGUCCCUCACUGAUGCCGUCUCGGCCUUGAAGGCGGUGCUGGGCCGGUGCCCCUGUGCCGCAGCCUGUGAGCAGGGGCCGGGCACAGCCGAGGGUGUCAUCUUUAAGGUGCACCUGAAGAGCUUCGUGGAGCAGCAGGGCUUGUUGGGCUACGACCCCAAUCUAGAUGUGCUUCUCGUGACAGAGAGGACACUGCGGGCCUUGGCUGAGCUGCAGGAAGCUGUUCUGCAGUGCCCAGCCAAAGGCCAGAGCAGUUGCUGCAGCAUCGUGCAUGUGGUGAACUGUGAGGAGGAAUUCCAGCAGCAGCAGCUGGAUGUGCUCUGGAGGAUUUUGGAUCAAGGAGCCCACACAGCUUUGCAGAAACACCUUGUCUGUGGGCCAGUGAAGGUGACCAACCCCUCAUCACCCAUUGGGGCAGACCAGUACUUCCAGCUCCGGAAGCGCCAGAUGUAUGAAGCCUCCGUGAUGAAGUAUGGGGAGCUUGCACAAGAUGAGGCCUGGACAGAGGUGAUUGAUACUCUGACAGUGGCUGCCAUCAGGUUUGAGAUGCUGAGCACUGCUCACCGGAGUCAGAUCAUCCUGGACCUGGAGAACAACAGCAUCUCCACAAAGGGAACAAAGAGUGGUGCCUUUGUGAUGUACAACUGUGCCCGACUGGCCACACUCUUCAAAACCUUCCAGCGGGCUGUGGAGCAGGGCACAUAUCCACCUCUGCCACCAGUAUCUGAACUGAAUUUCUCCUGCCUCCGAGAAGAGGGUGAAUGGCUCCUCCUCUUCAACUAUCUCCUGCCCUUCCCUGAAGUCCUGCAGCAGGCAGCACAGCUGCCCAUGUCCUCCAAGGGGAUCCGGAUCACUGCCAACACAGAGGCAGUGUGCAAGUUCCUGAUCCAGCUCAGCAUGGAUUUCAGCUCCUACUACAACCGAGUGCAUGUCCUGGGGGAGCCGUUCCCUCAUCUCUUUGACCAGAUGUUUGCUCGCCUCCAGCUGCUGGGAGCAGUGAGGGACGUGUUCCACAGCGCACUGGCAACCCUACACCUCCCUCCCCUCAGCCAGAUCUGAGCCACCCCUGAAGAGCUGUACCAUGGUGUGACAGUCACCUACACACCACAUGUUGGGGCAGAACAGGGCACAUUGUCUUGGCAAGACAGGGGCUGCUCUGGUGGCAGGCAAGGCACAAUUCAGCCCCAUGGAGGUGCUUCCCUUCCCAUGGUCCAUGGUGUUUGGGGAUUGGUCUGUACUGUGUGUAGCUGUGUCUAGUGUGGGACAUGGAUAGCCCUCCACAUCCACACCAGCAGAAGGGCAGAGGGCUCCUGUGGCACCCCAGAAGCUGAGCUGGGAGUGCUGGGGAGGUGGCAGCAGGGACCAGUCACCACAAAGACAAAUGCCAACUUCACUUCUCUCAAAACUUUAUUGAAAGGUGCUCCGUGCUGGCAGGGAGCUCCUGAGGCUCCAGACUCCUGCUGGGCUCUGAGCCAGGCCCCAGUACUGGGGUUCAAUACACUUGUUGCUGGACAAACCC